UGACGGGACGGGGUGAAAGUUUCUUCCACACACAUCUUUUCAGAGAAGAAAGAAGAAGCAGCAGCAGGCUAUCAAAAGGCUGGAAGAAAAUAAUAAAAUUUCCAAAUCGCACUUUUGCACAGUGAAUUUUGUAUCAAUUCUCAUUCAUUGCGUUCUUUGGAGUGUGCAAAAUCUUCGGUCCUCAGUGACAGUGGAAAAUUUUUUACAAAACUGGCAAACAUCCUCCAGCCUGAAAAAAGGAUUUGCCGAACUUCGAUCAGGGGUUUUUCUUCCAUCGAAAAAGGGGCAGAUCCCGAUGUGUUGUGCUGUUAUUACUGCUGCUUCGUUGGUCACUUCGGAAGUAAUCACAAAAGGACGGAUUAGCUGCUGAAGAAACUAUCUCAAAGGAAGCACAUCCGGGACACAGACAGUCCAAGCAUUGAUAAGCUUCUCUAAGCUCUAAUCAGACAGUUGUUGGAAGUUUUUUCGCCACUGAUACGGAAAUAACAGUAGUACGCCGAGAUGAGUCGGAAGAAUGAAACGGAGCGGCAGAAGCAGAUCCAGGAAAAAUGCCAAAUGCUGCUGACGAAGAUGCUGCGGGACGAUGACAACAAGUACUGCGUGGACUGUGACGCCAAGGGACCUCGCUGGGCUUCGUGGAAUCUGGGCGUGUUCCUGUGCAUAAGAUGCGCUGGCAUCCAUCGCAAUUUGGGGGUGCACAUCUCUCGGGUCAAGUCGGUAAAUCUGGACAGCUGGACGCCGGAGCAAGUGGUAUCCUUAGAGCAGAUGGGUAACUCACGAGCCAGAGCAGUAUACGAGGCACUGUUACCGGAUGGUUUCCGGCGGCCACAAACUGAUUCGGCGUUGGAGAGUUUCAUCCGUGCCAAGUACGAACACAAGAAAUAUCUGGCACGAGAGUGGGUUCCACCUCCGCCACCAAAAGUAGACUGGGACAAAGAGAUUGACGAGGAAAUUGAGCGACAGAAGCGCAAGAAGAAGGCUGCCUCUAGUGGGGGAACCAUUUCGCUGGGCACGACUGGUUCGUUGGGAAGUUCGUCAGAUAAGAAAAGUUCGACCAGUUCAAACUCGACUACGGCAGCGGUUCCAUUGCCAAAACUUAAAGCUCCGGCCAGCAGUACGAAGGCGUCAAGCAGAAACUCGACUGAAACGGCGGCAAGUUUAGCUGCUAAUAAUAGUCAGACCUCAUCAGAUUUGUUGGGGUUGUCUUUGGGAGGAGAUGUAACUCCAAAGAAGACAAAUGGCGAGAGCACGCUGGAUAUCUUAUCGAGUGGAGGACCGGAUAGGCCAAGUGAAAAAGCCGCUGGCGGCGAUGAGCUCUCCUCCAACUUGGCGAAAGAAGAGGCUGACUUUUUUAAUCAAGCUCCUAGUAAAGGUACUGAUGCUCAGGGAAAGUUAACGAAGGACAAAAUCAUGGCUCUUUACGGGUCUGCACCUACGACAAUGGUGAACAACAAUUUUGGAGGAGCGUUUGGUAAUUUCAACAGUUUCCAACCUAACGCUUACCCUCCGGCACCAAAUGUAGCGAUGAAUCCUUAUCAGAUGAAUAAUGGUCAACCUGCGCCAGCAGCUGGUGGAUUUGGUGCCUUCCAGGCUUUCCCUACGGCAAAUGGCCAGUACAUGGUUCCAGGUGCUGCGACGGGGGCUCCAAAUAUGCAAGCUGCUAACCUGAUGUAUAAUGGACCAUUCCAAUCGGCUGCUGUGCCGACGACGGCUCAGUCUCAACCGGCAUUCGGUGCAAUUCAGUUUCCCAAUCCCCUGCAAAGUCAACAAGUGCCGUCAGCCGGUGGCUUCGUCGGUAUGACCGGCGCUGUUCCAGCCUUUGCAAACUUUCCCCCGCAACCGACGCAGACUCAACCCGACAAGUUAAGCAAUCAGUUCGGUACCAUGAACCUACGAGACGUGUGGCAAUAAUUUACAUUAAUCAAAUCCUGAUUUACUUAUGUGUAUCUUCUGGAACCUCCGCAGACUUAUUUUCAAAAAAAAAAAACUUACACACACUCCCCGAAGGGCAAACACGUUGUGCAAAUACUUAGACGACAAACCGGAAAACUGCCCUAGCUCGGGGGUUGAAUCCUUAAGGAAGACGAAAGAAUUCAAUAUGUUUACUUAUAUAUUUUAAAACUUAAAACACAUUGAUAGAAAAAGGCGAUCCUGAAUCCGCAAUAUACCAAUCAAAGCUCUUGUAUGUUGUUAAAUCUAUUUAAAUCUUCUUUACUGACAGCAAAUUUAAAUGUUUCGUUUGCAUUUUUGCGGCUUGUUUUUAUAUUUUCCCAAUUCGGUUAACAAUGAAUCACACAUUUUGAUCAAUAAUUUGAUUGAUUUGAGUGAAAGUGAGAAAUAAAACCUACGGAACAUUAUAUCACAAAUCAUAACUAUAAAUAUAUAUUGGAUGUAUAAACUGAAGAUGCAGUAAAUUACAGGAAACAGAUGAACCUAUAAUACCUAUUAAGAAUAACGUCGAACAGAGAAAGGAGUGACACACACAUACACGAGCGGAGUGAGCUUCAAGGCACCCUAGCAAACAAUACGAAAUCAAACACACAGAGUGGCAGAGGAUCAAUAUCAGCAAGUGUUUGGGGCUUAUCUGUUAAUCCUUCAUUAAUGUACACACAACCAAACAUCUGCACGUACACAUGCAAAUUACAGAAACCUAAAGAAAACAAUAGUAGGUAUUACAUUUAUACUUAACGAAACAAAACAAAAAUAACAGAGAGAAAAUGUAGAGAAGGAUGAUUGCCAGGCGAAAAAUAAUCUGUAUAAGGGAAAACUUAGAUAAAAGAUUCAAUUAAACAUUAGUACGAAACAGAUAGCAACAGCAGAAGAGGACAGUCUAAUUUGUAAUGCUGCAUAUGUGUAAUUUGCAUAUGAAGAGAAAAAAACUAGUAUUGAUAUAAAAAGUGGAUAUAAGUUUAUGGUAAAUAAAUAGGAAAAUUGAAAACUAA